CUAACGCCGCCCCUACGAAUUUUUAGUAUUUGAUUUUUCGCAUUCAGUUGAACCCAAGUUUGGUAUUUUAAUCGACGAAACCAAACUACAACCCAACGAGUUUCAGACUUAUCGGCUUCCACAGUCCCUCUCUCUCUCUCUCUCUAUAAAUAGAGUGAGAAUCUGAAGCGUGUUUUUUGUGUGGGUUUGAGGUUGUAAAAAUCAAAUCUUUCCCUGAAACUAUGGUUGGGAUUUUCUCCAGAUUUAGUGUCAGAGGCAGCCAUCGUCGAACUCAAAGUGCCCUUGAUGAAAGGGAUGGAUUGCCGGCUGUGUCGGAGGCGGCAGCGGCCGGCGGUUCUGUGGUUUCAGGUAAUUCAUCUGCAGCCACUCAUGGUAUAGAAAUUGCGGUCGAGUUUAAACCGGUCGAACGCCCGGUCGAGCCGCUCGACAAUGACCAGCCCAUCCAGUGUCCGUUGCCGGAGCCUUCAAUCCUCAAUGAUGGAAGAAUAUGGAAGGAGAGAGUCUCCUCCGGCGUACAAAGAAAGACUGCAGAUUCUCCGGCGCUGCCGGAGCAGCAAACUCCGGCAGAGUCCGAGAAUCUUGUAAGAAAACCACCCCGGCCCCCCUCCAAUCGUGUCAUCCUCCCAUCAGCCAGCGCCCCCGAGCACAGCAUCCUUAAACUACUCGAAGAAUGUAAUACAUCGGAGAUGUAAUCAAGCUCGUCUGGGGCCUGUCGCCGGAUUCUCCUCCAUAUAUAUUUAUAUAUAUAUAUACAUAUAGUUCUGUAGGCCUGUAAGAAAAACUCAAAAACCACAUAUGCUUUGAUAAUAUACUGUGAUCUUUCCUUGUUA